UAAAUCUAUUACGCAUGCACCAAUUACUAACAAUAGAGUUUAAAUAUUGAUGUAUGGAAUUAAAUUAUACAUUUAUGUUUAUUCCUGAUGGCAUCAGUAAACAAAGUUGAAACUCGAAUCGUCGAUAUUGAUGACGAUUCCGAUUGCAGUGAAAAUAAAAGGCACCACAGACAUCACCAUCGGGACGACAAACAUCACCACCACAAUCGACAUCAUCAUGAUCAGCAUCAUCAUAACCACCAUCAUCAUCAUGAACAUGGGGACAAUGGAAAAAAAUCACCAUGUAUAAAGCAUAUCACUGUUUACAGUGUUGAAGAGAAUAGAAUGAAGACCAGGAAAGUAAAGAACGUCGUAUAUGAUAAUCCAUGGUGUUGCCGAAUUCUUGAAUAGGUCCUCCAGAAAACGCUAUUCUGAAUUGAAUAAUAAGAAUGAAUGUAUUAUGUAACC